AUGGCUGAUCCUUUUGAGGUGCGCAUGCGCUUCACCUCGCAGCUUCAGCAUCUCAAUGCAUCUGUAGCAUCUGCACAAAAGGCCGCUCAAUAUGCCCUCAGAAACAAGGAUAUGGACGAGGAUCUACACUCAUGCAUCCUUGAGCAGCUUGAACGGAGUAGUAACAUGAAUACGCGUGUCAAUAUCAUGUACUUUAUUGAACAUUUUCUCGACAUGGCACAACGCGAUGGACACACUGAGUACAUAGGUAUGAUACAGCGGGACAUCGUCCGUGUCGUCGAUGCUGUUGCCCCAGAUGAUGGAUCGGGUGCCGCCAACGUCAAAGUGGUUCGAAAGGUCUUGCAAGGUCUCCAAGGGAAAGGCUACCUAGACUUGCAAACUAUCACCCAGAUUGAGGAUGUCAUUAAAGAGCGUGAGACAAAUGUUGAAGACCUCGGUCUUACCUCCCCCAAUGGAGACGUCGAGAUGACAGACAUGCCUCCUUCACAAACGAUACCAAAGCCAGGCCGAAAAGGUCCAUCGCAUCAGCUCGACAAACGGCAGAUUGAGCAGCGUAUCGAAGAGGAUCGCGAGCGUCAUAAGCGUGAGCGCGAAAGCAUCUGGGCCAUUCCCAAGACUGAGAAUGCAGAAAUGAACCGGUUAUGGGACGAAACGAGCGACUUUGGGGAAGACGAUGAUCGUCUGCUAACAGAGGAGUUGGAUGAUUUCAAAAAGGAGAUGGAAAUGCAGUCUGGCUGCCACCAUCAUCAAGGGACGACCAAUGGUAACCGUCACUAG